CUGUAAAAGCCUGCAGUUCACUACAGGAUAUCUGGGUAGAGAGGGUAAGGUUCUUGGCUUUCUCUUCAUACAUUCAAAAAUAGAACUAAAAAGCCUCUGUGAAUUGAAAAACGACAGUGUGAAUUUCUGCUGCUUCCACUGAAAACUCAGUUCUGAGUCUGCUAAUAUCUUACCUUUGGGGGGAUAUAUUGUUAUGAAGAAUGGAGACUUCAGUGAGUUCCUGACACUGGAGGAGGACUAGGAAGUUUAAGACAAAAAAUCACCAUGCAAAUGCUUUUCCUAAAGAAGAAACAUAAACACUCAAGAUGUAACAGCACAAACAGUAUGAGAGUAAAGUACACUUAUCUAUAGAUGCUGUUUCAGUACUCCAUCUUUGGAACCACCUAUAUCUUUUGGCAGGAGCCAUAAUUCCACAGUUUUCCUUGCUGAACAUACUGAGAUAUUCAAGAUGGGCAGCAACAGUACCGGCACUGCUGAGAGUAACUGCAAUGUCACAUCUUUGACAUUUCAGUACUCUCUGUAUGCAACCACCUAUAUCUUCAUAUUUAUCCCGGGUCUCCUGGCUAACAGUGCAGCCCUGUGGGUUCUGUGCCGCUUCAUCAGCAAGAAGAACAAGGCCAUCAUCUUCAUGAUCAAUCUCUCAGUGGCGGACCUUGCUCAUGUCCUGUCCUUACCUCUUCGGAUUUACUAUUAUAUUAAUCGUCACUGGCCAUUCCAGAGGGCCCUUUGCCUGCUGUGCUUCUAUCUAAAAUAUCUCAACAUGUAUGCCAGCAUUUUUUUCUUGACAUGCAUUAGCCUUCAGAGGUGCCUCUUUCUCCUCAAGCCAUUCAGAGCCAGAAACUGGAAGCGUAGGUAUGACGUGGGCAUCAGUGCUGCUGUCUGGAUCAUCGUGGGGACUGCCUGUUUGCCACUGCCCAUCCUGAGAAGUGCUGGCUUAGCCAAUAACAGUGAAUCGUGCUUUGCUGAUUUAGGGCUUCACGACAUUAGUAUGAUAUCAUCCAUUGGCAUGGUAACUGCGGCUGAACUUGGAGGGUUUGUAUUGCCUGUUGUAAUUAUUACAUAUUGCACAUGGAAAACAAGAAAAUCUUUACAAGAAUUCCAAGAUCCACCUCAGAAUAUUAAAGAGAGGAAAAAGGCUUUGAGAAUGGUUCUAAUGUGUGCAGUGGUAUUCAUAGUCUGUUUCACUCCUUACCAUCUCAACUUCCCAUUCUUUAUGAUGGUAAAGCAACGUGUCUUCUCGAACUGUUCCUUUAUUAACAGCACUCUAUGUUUCCACAUCAUUUCCUUGUGUCUUGCAAAUCUGAAUUGUUGUCUUGAUCCUGUUGUGUAUUAUUUUAUGACUUCAGAAUUUCGUGAUCAAUUUUCAGAACAUGGGAGUUUGGUGAUCCAGUCAUGUUUGCGUUGUAAGGACAGUACUUUGGAAAUUCGUCAGAGGAAGGAGAAUCUUCAGACUAUCUCUCUGGAAUGUUUGGAUGUUCCAACACAAUGUGAUGAAAUGGUUAUCUAAAAUAAUCUUUAUACUCUGUCAGUUGAGCCAUUUCGAAGUGAUUCUGGGUAUCAUGAAGAAACUCAGCCACUUCACUCAAAAUAAUCUGUCUACAGGAGUUCUCUGUGCUAAGAUUAUUAGUGGACUAUGUAAGAAAAAAAUAUCAUCCUACAAUGUUAUAAUUGAGAGAAAUAAUCGCAUACCUGUUCCUCAGUAAUGGAGCCAAUAGUCUCAUCCUUAACUGAGGAAAACAAAAUACAUCAAAAUCUAGUGAACAUGUACAAGUUAUCUCAACCUUAAAAAGUCUACAUUAGAAUAUGACCCUAUCUUUAUUUAGAAAACAUACACUACUUGGGCCAAUUAUGUUACAGAGGGAUGGCUUUUCAUAUUGAUAUGGAUUAUGGAAAUUAGUAACAAUAUAACUUAAAAUAUCUAUAAGAUUAUCUUUUUCCUCACUUUGAAGAAAAAAAUCAAUUCAGAUGAAAAUUACCGUUGAAGUCACAGACAAUGCAAACACCUAAAAUAGAAUUGUACUCUGCACAUUUAAAAAUGAGGUUAAAGGCUUAAAACAACUAAUCUGUCUGAAUGGCUGUGAGUUUGUGAUGUGAUACAUAUUUUUGUUUACUGUCACUAAUUGGGAAUUAUUCUCCCAUGUCUUUAUUAGGAU